UGACCUUAAUGCAAGGCCAGAAAAUUGUGACUCUUUAACUGUGGUUAAAAUGAAUCAGUUAAUUUGGGACGCAGUCUCGCCAAAUGCACGUACAUCUGAUAGGAAACUUCAGCAUAUUGAAGAAUCUAUAGUGAAAAGUGGCACUAUUUUGGUGAAAGCGGUGAAUCAGCUGGCUCAGAUUGAAUCAGAGCAUUCUGAUGUACAGUUAGGAACUGUGAUUGAUCAGUGUAAUGAUGUGCUCGCCUUGCUUGGGCAUGCGAACAAACAGGUGAACCUGACUAGAAAGGAUUUUUUACGUCCGGAAAUGAGCAAGGAGUAUACUCAUUUGUGUAGCCAGUCCCGACCUUUUACGAAAUUCUUAUUUGGGGACGAUGUCUCUAAAUCAGCCAAAGAGCUUGAAGACUGCUCAAAAAUCAGUAAUAGGAUGUUUGAUCGCCGCCCUUUCAGAGGGGGACCAACACGUAGACUCAUGAAUCGAGGGUUCCGGUUCAGGGGUGGAUAUGGCCGUGGCAUGCGACCAAGAGGCCGGGGAAUGUUUGACCCUGGUACAUCUGCAGUUGAAUAAAAAAACUACCAGAGACGGGGGUCUCGGAUGCCAUUAAAGCAGUAAAACAGUUUGUUAGGAAGAUGCGUGCAGAAAAUGAGAAGAGACUUGGCCAAGGGCAUCAUCAUAGCGCCACUGUGACCGACUCAGCCUUGGUUUCCGAGACUUAUGGAAAUAUUGGUGGAGACACCAGUCAUUGUUCGCAAGAAAAAAGGUCUACUGAAACUACCGAAUCAAGAGGUAACACAUCCCCUGGAAGGAAAACUAAGACUGAUUGCUUGCAAAGUGUCAGGAACAGUUUCAGACAACGUGGCUUUUCAGAAGACUCUACCAAAA